AUGAACAAUUUAGUAAUAGAAUGUACCGUUGAUAAUUCAACAAAGUCUACUUUGAACGAAUGGGCUUGCGCCCGCGUCGCGCUGCAUUCCGUAACAUUGCCUCGUUACUGUUUGUCGAAUGCUGUGGGUGGUCACUCAACAGGUCAGUGUAUCGACUUUGAUGGAGAAUCUGACCUGAGAAAAUCUUCAAAAGAAAAUUAUACUGUAAUUUCUAAAUACAAA